CGGGGGCGGCCGAGCAGUAGCAGCAGCCGAGGAGGGCGGGAGAUGGCAGCGCUCCCCCGCGGCGUGAGGGGCUGCCACUGGAAAGCGUUGGCCUGAGGUAACGCUCGGUGCGUUCCGUUGGGGGAGAAGCAGGGAGGCCGCCUUGUUUGGCGGCGAUUCGCUCGGAUGUUCGGCAUUCCGGUCACUCAGUUCUGGAAGCAUACAAGAGUACUUCCCAAGGCAAGGAGCACACUAACACAGAAAAAUGCAUUUGGAAUGAUAACUUCUCUUUGCUGAGCUGAACUACAAAGAUCUCAUGCUUUGGAGAUGAAGAUGAUAAACACAAAGAAUAAAUCCAGCUUCUGCUGCUGUGAAUAUUAAAAGGUCCUUUGUGUCAAAAUGAACAGUCUUUGAGAAGAAUCUGGAAGCUGCUAAAUCUAAAAGAUGGGAGAAAGGGUAAGGAGCCCAGAUUCUGAACAAGACAGAAGAUCGGAUGAGGACAGAAACAGUGACUCUUAUUAUUCAGAUGAAGAUAAUGCAUCCCAUUCAUCUGACCGGUCGCCUACUCUAAGCUAUCCAUCGACAAGCCAUGAAAAGCGAGAUCACAAAACAAGAGCUUCAGACAGUCUUGUGCACUACCAAGCCACAAAGAAGUUGGGUUCCAAAUAUGCACCAAGCAAAAGAGGGACACGGUGGGGUUUCCGUUCUCAAAGCCUCACUAGGGAUUCUCCUGCGAAAGAUAUAGAUCUUGUUACAAAGAGAGUCCUUUCUGCUAGGCUGCUGAAAAUCAAUGAGCUCCGAAAUGAACUGACUGAACUCCAUAUCAAACUAGAUGAGCUGCAGAAGGAAAACAGGGCACUGAAGAGGCUUCAGCACAGGCAGGAGAAAGCCUUGAAUAAGUUUGAAGAUACAGAGAAUGAAAUUUCUCAGCUCAUUGCUCAACACAACAAUGAGAUUAGAAUAUUAAGGGAGCGCCUACGAAAAUCUCAAGAGAGGGAACGUGCCACUGAGAGAAGGCUAAAAGAUUCAGAAGAUGAACUGUACCGAACAAAAACUGUCUUGCAGAAACUGAAAAAGCUGUCUGCAGAUAAGCACCUUGCUGAAAGAGAUGACCUGGCUAAGAAACUAGCCUAUGCAGAGAGCAGACUAGAGGAGAGUGAAAAAAGAAUUAAGGAUCUGGAGAAAAAUCUGGAACUAAGUGGUAGCAGUUUUCAGCGAGAAUUACAAUUGAAGAAGAAAAAGGUGCUUGAAGCUCAAGACAAAAAUAGAGCUCUCCAAGAAGAGCUUCUUCAACUGAAUCAGAAGCUGAAGGAAAAAGAAAGAGAACUUGAUGCCAAAAAUAUAUAUGCUAAUCGUAUGCUGAAGGUAUCACCGAGGAAAGGGAUGGAUGUUAUUCAAAGAAAGAAAGCCAGCAACCAAAAUAUCAAAAAAGGAGCACAGCUCACGAAAGGAGUACAGACCAAUGGAUGCUUCUCAUCUGUAGAACUUCCUCCAGAAUCAGAAUUUGUCUGUGAUGAUGCAGUAGAUAAGAAAGAGAGGAUUCUUUCCAGAAUAGAAAAAGAGCCUCAAAACAAGGAAUGGAAAGAGCAAGCAGACCUGCUAAAACAAGAGCAAGACAGAGAAAAGGAAGAGAAACUGAAAUGUGUUCAGGAACUACAGACUUCAGAGGAGAGGUUUCAAAAGCUACAUGAUGAAUGGGAAAAAGAAGAAUGUGACAAAAUGAAAAAAGAAAGCAGCUUUUUAUUGGAUAAAGAAGAUAAAGCAAAGAUGGAAACAGAAACACACAAACCUGAAAUAGAGACAGAAAGUACUGAAAUGCUGGAAGAACGGCAAAAAAGUGAAUUUCUGCUUGCCAAAAUGAAUGAAAUUGAUAGAGAAGCUCAAAAUGUAAUGAAUGUGAAACUUGCUUCUCAAACAGUGUUCAUAAACACAUUGAGAAAAUCUGAUUCUCCGGAGAAGAAAGAAAAAAAUGGUCAAUUCUUUGAAAUUCCAGGAAAGGUUACAAAUGGAUUUCCCCAAGAGGAGAGCCAGGAGGAUGCCAUAAGAGCACAAGGGCAGAAGCAGCGAAAUUUAAGGACUGUAGAUUUAAGUAAUGAGUUAACAUUUGGUAGUUACGUACCUUCCUUUGGAAAAGUAUCAGGGAGACCAAGUUGGCUUAAUCAAAAAGUUGACUCUUUAGAAGAAAACAUGAAGGAAAAUGCAGAUUUCCAUAGUAAGAAAGAAAAGAAGUCCAAUUUAAUGGAACAGCUCUUUGGAAGCAGUGCCAGUACCAUCCUCCUCCCUAAAAGUAAAGAUAUGACACCUUUUGACAUAGAUUGGGAAUCAAGUAAUACCCUUCUUGAUAAAAACAGUAAAAUCAAAGUAAAAGAAGACAACGAUCUUUUCAGUGAAGGAAGAAACCUAAACAGACACCGUCUGCAACACGCUGGAAGCAAGCCAGCUUUUAAAACCCUGGGUUCUUUAGAAGAUGAAAUUGAAGAAGUAGUCUUACAAUGAUCAUAUUUUAUAUUUUUCGUAUGUAAACACUGAAUAAAUAUUUUCACAUAAUAUUUAUUAGAUACAGAUUUGAGAUAUUUCAGAUGUAAAGCCUUAUGAAGGAGUAAUUUACUUAUGUGGAUAUAUUUGUAUAGAGGAAAGAUGUGCUCCGAUAGAACAGCCUAACAUACACACAGGAAAUUUGUUUUAAAAAGUAACAUCUAAAUACAGGCCUUGGAGAUCUGACAGUCACUAUUUUGGCAGUAAGACAGUGAAGUUGUCCUGAGGGACUUGCUGAUAGGUGAGAUUGCUACUAGCUUGCCACUUAAGUCAGAGAAGAUGCUCUUGGUCCUACCUGUGCUCCAGAUUAAUGGUCCCUGUUGCCACAUGGCACCAUCUGACUUGUGCAGCUGUGGCUCGGGUGCCAGAGGCUUGUCAGUGCAGUGCUUGUAGGGAUGCUGUAGGAAGGAAAGGUGUUACAAAGGCUUACACUCAUGCACACCCUUCACCUGCAUGCACUCAUAGACUCUUAGUGCUCUCUUGCUGGCUUUUGCACACAGUCUUUCUCUUGCUAUCACUCUCUUGAUUAUUGAGACUUAUGUGUCAUCUGUAAUAGAUCAGUAAAACCAUACUUCUCACAAAAGAGAAUUAUUUAUGACAGAGUUAGCUGGCUGGGAAAGCAACAGGCUUUUAAGUGGGAGUGCUGGCAUUCAGGGCAGCUAGGAGAUGUGCAUCUCUGGCUAGCCAGUGUAGGAAGUAUUUUGUUACCUGUAGGCUGUUCGCCAUACACUGCUUUUAGUUUGGUUGAUUUCUUUUGAGCUUCAAUUUGCUUCCCCAGGCAUUCAUAGAGCCUGUAAGCUGUAUCAGGAAAAGGUGUAUGUAACGUUAGUGUCAUGAAAUUGAUAGAAGAGUCUUAACUUGCACAAAGCCUCAGGUAGAAAGACAAUACUCUACACUGCAAUUGUGUUAUCUCAGAAGAACCUCAGCAGAAAUACAACGAACUCAGGAGCAGCUUAUCUCUUUUCUGCAUAGCUUUUCUGGAGAUUUUAAUAACAAACUUGUCCAGGUUGUCCAAUAUUUUCAGGUUAUAUUUAUUAUAUAAUGCCAUUUUUUGUAACUUCUGAAUUUUCUACAUAAAAUUCCAAUCAUUAGUAAGUUGUUUUUUAACAAAAUGCUUUUAUUAAAACAGUUGAGUAAAA